AUGAAGACGGUCGCAGUUUUCUUUGCUCUCGUGGCUGUUGCCCUCGCCCGACCCCAAGUCGCUGUGGAACCACAAGUCUACGUCGUCAAGGAGACUCUCUCGGACAACAUUGGUCUCGACAACUACAAAUUCGCCUACGAACUGUCGGACGGCCAGAAGCGUGAUGAGUCUGCUCACGUUGAAACUCGCCGUAUCGGCAACGAAGACGAGUCAGUCCUCCGUGUCUCUGGAUCCUACAGCUUCGUCGGACAAGACGGUCUGACCUACACCGUUACCUACGUCGCCGAUGAGAAUGGUUUCCAGCCACAGGGUGCCCAUUUGCCCGUUGCUCCAGUCGCCUAA